GACCAAUGGGCGUUUAGGACGUAGACGCUGAGCUUAUAAAUGACAAGGUGACAGUUUGUCUCAUCCUACAUUCAUUGACUGCCGCUGUGUGCGAGAGCAGCUAAUCCCGGACCCUCCGAAAGCCGUAACAAACCGGUUCCAGCCAUGUAUGCCUGCGCCAAGUUUGUCACCUCUCCUGCUGUGCUGCGUGGGGGGUCCAGAGUCCUCGCCCGGCCAGUCUCAGUCUCCCUCUUCAACAGACCUGAAGCCACAGUGGAGCAGCAGGCCUUGUUGCCAGUCAGCCAGUCUGUAUUCCCAACCCGCUCCUUCCAGACCAGCGCUGUCUCCCGAGACAUUGACACUGCCGCUAAGUUCAUUGGUGCUGGUGCUGCCACAGUGGGUGUUGCUGGCUCAGGAGCUGGAAUCGGAACAGUGUUCGGCAGCCUCAUCAUUGGCUAUGCCAGGAACCCCUCCCUGAAGCAGCAGCUCUUCUCCUAUGCCAUCCUGGGCUUUGCGCUGUCUGAGGCUAUGGGUCUCUUCUGUCUGAUGGUGGCGUUCCUCAUCCUAUUCGCCAUGUAAACCUGAAAACACACCCACACCUCUCUUCUCUUCACUUACCCCCCUUCCCUGUCUCCUUUCCCCUCCUUGGUCCCUUCUCCCUUCCUUCCUUACCUCCGGAGGGGGGUUUCCAUAACGGGAACUCUGAACGAGCUGAUAGGCCAUUCCAAUCAACGGAAAAAAAUAUUAAAUAUCUGAGGUUAACAAACCUCCAAUCCUACAUUUUUAUGUUCCUACACUUAUUUUUGUUUUUCUGAAGUUUUAUGUAAGACCUCACUUCGGUUGAAAUAAUCUGUCCAAAAUAAAUGGUUGGGAUAACUAAA